AUUUAUUAUUAGUUUAUUUAUUGAUCAGCUUUACGAAGUUUUAUUUAAAAUGACAAAUUUUUAUGUUUAAAUUAUGGAAAAUAUGAGAAUAUCAUGAGUUCAGUGACUAAAGUUAACCUAUAUGGUUCUUAACAACACAUUUAACCUAUGUACUUUCUUGCGAACGUGUUUCGAAUAGAACAAAAUACAUAGUGUGAAUGAAUUUAUGUUUCCGAGAUUUUUAAUGUCAUAAUUGACCAACAUGAGUUACAAGCAGCUUGUUCAGUUACAAAACUACAAAUUCAUUUCAAAAUUGAAAAAUUCAGUUAAUGACAUUUCUCAGAAAGUACAAAACUUUGAAACACCGGAAAGACUAAAAGGAACAUUUCUUGAGCGAUGGGGAAGAUAUUGGAAAGAUGUUUACAUUGACUACAAGGAUGUAGCAGAAAACGUUGUUAAAGAAUGCAAAGUAAAACCAAUAAAGGCUACAACAUAUACAACUCUUACAGCACUAUGUGUGUGUUUAAAUAAAUACAAUCCAGAUGAAUCUUCCUUUCAAGAACAAUUAUUACAAAAUACUAUGAAAUUAAUGCAAGUUGGAGAACCCAUACGAAAUCCAGUAUCUGAAAAUCAUGUCAAGUGGCUAGGACAAUGUUAUAAUGAAGGAAUCAUACGACGAUUAAAUUUAGGUAUUUUUUCAAUAAUGUGGGUAGGCAACUAUGAUGAAGCAUGUUCUUUAUAUAAAACAGUGUGUUCUUAUUUACAACCUCAGUAUAUAACGUUUCAUCAAAGAAUAGUCGAUAUAGGAAUCUUAGGUAAAUGGUGGAUCUUAGAGGAUAGAAUGAAAGAUUAUGAUAUAAAUGAACUAGAAUUUAGCGAUGUAAAAUAUGAACAAAAUAUCUAAUUUAAUGUAAA